UCCUACAAAAGAAAUUUCCUCAAUUAUAUAUUUGUGACAAAGAUGAUUACAUCAUUCAUGACCAUGAAUUGUGAUAUCAAAUCAUAAUAAUAUAUAUAAUUACUCAUCGUAUAUUGACAAAUACACAAUUGUCUUUGAACGUUUCUUUCAGUAUUGUACAACAUGUAAUUAAAGAAGAUACUAAACACUGUUCCUCAUUAUGUUGAGCUUGUUACUGAGUUGUAUAUGUUGACCCUUCUUCGAUUUCCAGUUCAGGUUUGUCUUUGAUCUGCGUAUCUCUUAGAUCUUUGAACUCUGUACAUUACUUGUUUUGACUCUAUAAAAUCUUUGAACCAACUUCUGCAGUGAACAACCUCCCAUGAGUUGAGAUUGAGAGAAUCCACUUCAGUUAUACUUGCACACACCUGACUAGUUUGUGGAAUUAGCAUAAAACUAGAAACUGAAGCUUUUUUUUUCCUUUUCUUCUGUGAUUGUAAAAGGCUUUCUAUUUCCACUGAGAUGGGCAUCACAACUGAGUUCUGCAGCAUUUUUGAGUGUUCAAAUGGAUCAAACUCUCAUUGCAGUUAUGGUUUUUUGGCCAUAAUUGAUCCCAAUUCAUGUUUCAACCAUGUUGUGGUCAUAUCAAUUGAUCUUCUGCUCCUUUUCAUCUUCUUAUGUACCUUUAUUCAUAGAGUGGCAUCCAACAAGACUGUAUCAUUCAUGGCAUCUCAGAAGUUACUUCCAAUUUCAGUAUUCUCAGCAGUUUUCAAUGGUCUUUUGGGUGUGGCAUAUUUUGGAGUUGGGAUAUGGACAUUAAUUGAGAAACUGAACACAGAUGGAUUCAUUUCACCUAUGCACAGAUGGCUAGUGGCAAUAAUCCAAGGCAUUACAUGGUUUCUGCUAAGCUUAACAAUAAGCUUAAGGAUGCUGAAUCUUUCACAUAUUGCAACAGCAAGAUUUUUGUCAAUUUCUACCUUUUUGAUUGGAGCAUUUCUGUGCAUUUCAUCUCUGUCUGAAGCAAUAGCUGACAAACUAUCAUCUGCAACGAUGGUUUUAAAUAUUUUAUGUGCUCCUGGAUCAAUUCUUUUGAUCCUGAGCUCAUAUAAAAGAUGCAAUUACUCAAAAACGAAUAGAGUAAUUGAUGCUGGUACUUGUGAACCACUGUUGCAAAGUGAGGAAGUUGAUGCUGCAAGUGAAGCCAGUUCAAUCAAUAAUGUAACUCCAUUUGCUGGAAGUGGGUUUUGUAGUACAAUGUCCUUUUGGUGGUUGAAUCCGUUAAUGAAGAAGGGUAAGGAAAAACUUCUUCAAAAUGAAGAAAUUCCACAACUGCGGCAAGAAGAUCGAGCACAGACAUUGUUUUCAAUAUUCACAGAGAAAUUGAGCAUAAUGAAAUCAAAGGGAUCAUCUGAUCCUCCUCCAAUUUUAUCAACAAUCUUCUUCUGUCAGAAGAAAGCUCUUCUGGUUUCUGGGAUUUUCGCUUUGAUUAAGGUACUCUCCCUGACUAGUAGCCCACUGUUUCUUGCAGCAUUCAUUAAGAUCGUUGAAGGUAGGUAUUCAUUCAAAUAUGAAGGUUAUGCAUUGACUGCUGGACUGUUCCUCGUAAAGAUUUUAGAGUCACUAUCAGAGAGGCAUUGGUACUUUCGAACACAACUCAUUGGACUGCAGGUAAGAUCUUUGCUAUCUGCAGCUAUAUAUCAAAAACAGCUACAACUCUCAAAUGCUGCUAAGAUGAGUCAUUCUCCAGGUGAGAUAGUGAACUAUGUCACCGUUGAUGCUUAUAGGAUAGGUGAAUUUCCACUUUGGUUUCACCAGAUAUGGUCGACGAGCUUGCAAUUAUUUCUUUCAUUGAUUCUCAUUUACUAUUGCGUGGGGCUAGCAGCAGCUUCAGCUUUAACUGUACUUAUAUUGACUGUGCUUGGAAGUUCUCCACUGGUCAAGUUGCAGCAUGAGUAUCAAACAAAGUUCAUGGUGGCUCAGAACAUACGGCUGAAGAAAUUAUCAGAAGCACUUACAAACAUGAAGAUCUUGAAGUUGUAUUCCUGGGAAACACAUUUUAAGAAUGUCAUAGAGAGAUUAAGAAAUGAAGAACUCAAAUGGAUAUCUGAAAUAUUGACGCAGAAGGGGUACUAUAUUGUUUUGUUCUGGUCAUCUCCUUUACUUGUAGGAGUUGUUUCUUUUUGGACAUGCUACCUCCUUGGAUUUCAGCUCUAUGCUAGCAAUGUUUUUACAUUUCUAGCAACUUUGCGUAUAAUUCAGGAGCCAAUUAGGCAAAUACCUAAUAUAUUUGGAGCCUUUGUUGAAGCAAAGGUUUCAUUUUCUCGAAUUGUGAAGUUUCUUGAAGCACCUGAGUUGGAGAGCAGACACAAAAGGCAGAAGUUCAGCAGCAAUGAGCUUGAUCAUUCCAUAUGUAUUAGAUCCUCUGAAAUUUCUUGGGAUAGUGCUUCUUCAAAGGCUACCUUAACCAAUAUUGACUUGGUAGUCAAAUCAGGAGAAAAGUUAGCAAUUUGUGGAGAGGUUGGCUCUGGUAAAUCAACCCUGUUAGCUGCAAUUUUGGGAGAAGUUCCCCAUGUCAAUGGCAUUGUGCAUGUUUGUGGGAAGUUAGCAUAUGUUUCUCAGUCUGCAUGGAUCCAGUCGGGGACUAUAAAAGAGAACAUUUUAUUUGGCUCCCCCAUGGAUCAUGAUAGGUACCAAGAAACACUUGAAAAGUGUUCCUUAGUUAAGGACCUUGAAAUGCUUCCAUUUGGAGAUCUUACUCAGAUUGGAGAGAGAGGUGUCAAUUUAAGUGGUGGACAGAAGCAACGCAUUCAACUGGCACGAGCACUCUAUCAGGAUGCUGAUAUUUACCUCUUGGAUGACCCCUUUAGUGCAGUUGAUGCUCACACUGCUACCAGCCUAUUCAAUGAAUAUGUCAUGGGAGCUUUGUCUGGAAAGACUGUCUUGCUUGUGACACACCAAGUCGAUUUCCUUCCAGCUUUCAAUUCUAUUUUGUUGAUGUCUGGGGGGAAGAUUUUAAAAGCAGCUCCAUAUGAAGAGUUGUUGGUGUCUUCUGAAGAAUUUCAACACCUAGUCAAUGCACACAGUAGUACUACUAAAUCUUUUGCAAGGCCUCCUGUUGAGGAUCUCUUUCCCAGAAAGAGCAAACCAUCCAAGGGUGAGAUAGAGAAGAUUGAUUCUGAGGAAAAGAUAAAUGCAUCCACAGGUGAUCAAUUGAUUAAGCAAGAAGAGAGGGAAAUGGGAGACACUGGUUUUAAGCCCUACAUUCAGUACUUAAAGCAAGGGAAAGGAUUUUUGUUCUUUUCCUUGGCAAAUUUCUUCUUCUUAAUUUUCGUAGUUGGACAACUGGCUCAGCUUUAUUUGUUUGCUGCAACACUUUCGGACCGCAGCAUAUCCAAAGCUGAAAUAUAUGCAAUUUACUCUAUGAUAAUGAUAAUCAUGUCACUCUCUUUACUGUUUAGAUCUUAUUCAAUGGCUGCAUUAGGUUGUGGUGCAUCAAAAUCUAUAUUUUCUAUGUUGCUGACCUCUUUCUUUCGAGCUCCUAUGUCCUUCUAUGACUCUACACCAGUGGGAAGGAUACUUAGCCGGGUAUCUUCUGAUAUGAAUAUCAUCGACCUUGAAAUGCCCUUGAAGUUCAUAACUUCCUGUGCAGGAGCUAUGAAUACAUACGCCAUAUUCGGACUAUUAGCUUUUCUUACCUGGCCAGUCUUGUUUGUGAUUGUGCCAAUUAUUUACAUUACCAUACUGUUGCAGAAAUAUUACUUGGCUUCUGCAAAAGAAUUGAUGCGGAUAAGUGGCACGACCAAGUCUUUACUAGCAAGCAGCCUUGCUGAGUCAAUUUCUGGGGCCAUGACUAUCAGAGCUUUUGAGGAGGAGGGUAGAUUGUUCUCAAAGUACUUGGACAUUAUUGAUGCUGAUGCUAGCUCAAAUUUCCAUAACUUUUCGGCAAGCCAAUGGUUGAUCCAACGUCUUGAAACAUUAUGUGCUAUUGUUCUCUUUUCUUUUGCGUUGGCCAUAACUUUGCUUCCUUUCAAAGCUUCUGACUCCGGAUUCAUUGGAAUGGCAUUGUCAUAUGGACUGUCAUUGAACAUGUUCUUAGUGAUAUCUGUCCAAUUCCAAUGUAUGCUAGAAAAUGCUAUCAUUUCUGUGGAGCGAGUAGAACAAUACAUGCAUAUUCCAAGUGAAGCUGAAGAAGUUAUCCAUGAGAACCAACCAGCACAAAAUUGGCCUACUCUUGGCAAAGUUGAAAUAUGCAAUUUGAAGGUAAGAUAUCGGAAAAAUGCUCCAAUGGUUCUUCAUGGAAUAAGUUGCAUCAUUGAAGGAAGAGAUAAGAUUGGGAUUGUUGGCCGCACAGGAAGUGGAAAGACAACUCUUAUUAGUGUGUUAUUUCGUUUGGUAGAGCCAACUGAAGGAAAAAUACUAGUUGAUGGCCUUGACAUUUGUUCAAUUGGGCUUCAUGAUUUGAGGUCACGCUUUGGGAUUAUUCCACAGGAUCCAACUCUCUUUAAUGGGUCUGUCAGGUUCAAUCUUGAUCCUUUAUCUCAGUAUACUGAUCAAGAACUAUGGGAGGUUCUUGAGAAAUGUCAGUUGAGAGAGGUCAUUGAAGAGAAAGAACAAGGCCUGGAUUCCGUAGUGUUGGAGGAAGGAACAAACUGGAGCAUGGGACAGAGACAACUAUUCUGUCUAGGACGAGCAUUGUUGAAGAGAAGUCGAAUACUAGUGCUCGAUGAAGCCACAGCAUCAAUGGACAACACAACAGAUGCCAUUCUACAGACAACCAUAAGAAGAGAAUUUGUGGACUGCACUGUCAUAACUGUGGCUCACAGAAUCCCAACUGUCAUGGACUGCACUAAGGUGCUUGCCAUUAGUGAUGGGAUGUUGGUGGAGUUUGAUGAGCCAACUAAGCUCAUAAACAAGGAGGGGUCUCUUUUCGGUCAGUUGGUGAAGGAGUACUCGUCUCGAGCUACAAAUACUGGCUCUUAUUUAGAGGGUUGAAUAUUGGUAGUAACUACUUACUAGUGUAGUGUUUCAAUUAAUAUUUUAUUAUUUGCUGACACUCUAAAUAGUUGACUGAUUAAUAAGUUUACGUAAUAGACUAGAGAGAUCCAUUUGUAGGAUGAAAGACAAUGAAAAUAAUAGAAAGUUUUGAAAAGGGUUAUUAUUGAUGAAUAAUGAAUUGUGUAAUAAUUAUUUUAUUUUAUU